AUUCGAAACAAGAAAGAUAACUCAGUUGUUGACAAAACUGCGAACUCAUUUCAAACCAAGACUUAUCUUGUUCUAGUCUUCAUACCUUCUGAAAUGUCAGUAAGAACAAUUACAGAGGACUCUCAAUUUCAGACAGAGUUAACAAAUGCUGGAACCAAAUUAGUUGUUGUGGACUUCUAUGCCACCUGGUGUGGCCCAUGCCAGAGGAUAGCUCCAAUUUAUGUAGAACUGAGUACAAAAUAUCCUACAGUGGUGUUUCUUAAGGUGGAUGUAGACCAAUGUCAGGAGACAGGGGCCAGAGAAGGGAUAUCUGCUAUGCCAACAUUUAUCUUCUAUAAAAACAAAACAAAAAUAGAUACAAUGAGAGGUGCUGACCCUAAUGCACUAGAAGAAAAAAUAAAACAAUGGAAAGGUGGAGAUUCUGAGGGGCAAGAAGAUGAUGUAACAGUGAAGGGACAUUUAGAUAUUGGAUCAUUUAUCAGUUCCAAGGGCUGUGAGUGUUUAAAUGAAUCAGAUGAACACACAUUGGAACAUGCAUUGUCAACCAAGGGAGGCUACUUGGAAUCAGACUGUGAUGAGCAGUUAAUUAUAAAUCUGGAAUUCUCACAGAAUAUGAAACUUCACUCAUUGAAGCUUUAUGCCCCUGAAGAUAAAGGACCAAAGACAGUAAAAAUAUUUCAAAAUUUAACAAAAUCGUUAGACUUUGAUACUGCAGAGAAUAUGAUUGCAACACAAGAAUUAGAUCUAACACCAGCUGAUGUUAAAGAAGGGACACUUAUACCACUUCGAUAUGUUAAAUUCCAAAAUGUUGGAAGUGUAACGAUAUUUAUAAAGGAUAACUUAGGAGGAGGCGAUAUAACACAGAUAGAUUAUCUAGGACUUGUAGGAACUCCUGUGGCUAAAACAAACAUGACAGAUUUUAAACGGGUUGCAGGAAAGAAAGGGGAGAGUCAUUGAAGAAUCGUUAGAAGGAGACAUAACAAACAGUUCAAAAGUUCUUGUUUAUUUUAAUACUUGAAUUUAUAACAGUUCCAAAUUCAAUAAAAAGAGCUAUAAAUUAUUUGAUAAAUACAAGAUUAUAUUUUG